GUGCUGAAAUGGAUCUGCAGGCAGAUUUUCCUCAGCACCCAAAGUAACAUCUGGAAUGGUUUCAAAAAGUGAGUCAGUGGCAGCCACUGACAUCACAUCCAAAUCCUGUCCUGUAUGCAUCGUUGGUGAGGAUGUCAUACAUAACUCAGGAACUUUCUCUCCUACAUCUGUUUUAGGUUGAGCUUUAGCCAGAAGUGGCAAUAACAACUCUACUGCAGAAGACAGCUGAUCAACUUUGCGUGCUAAAUCAGAAGAUUUAGUUUUCUUAGUCUUCUUUUCACUUUGAGAUGUUUGUUUGUGCUUACGAUCAGCUGUGGUGAUAUUGGAUGAAAGUAACAAACUAUCCGAAGCAGAUUCCAGACCCGCCAGAUGAGCGUGACACACAGCGAGCGGCACAUAAUGGCGCAUUCCGGGCACGGGUCAGUCAGUGCCUCUCUAAGAUGAUCCAUACCAAGACAAGCAGGACAUUGGUGAUGUCCAUCCAUGAAAUCCAUUACAUUAGGGCACGUAGAACAUUGAAGUGCAUCCAUGUUAAAUCAAUACUCACCCUAAAGUCGAUAAAUCCGGCUCACGUUAAUGAUUCACGCCGCAAUCAGGUGCGUAUACGCUCUCAGCCAAGGCAACCAUGGCUUGUGAGUGUAUGUCGUCACAGAGGCAUUCAAACUUGCCGGCAUCCAGCAGAAUGAAGCCUUUUGCGUGAUGUAACCCGUAUCUCACAAUCGCUGUGCGCCGCGAGAUGCGUGUAAAUCCAACAAUCCGUAUACUGAAGAGAUGUAAUCGAGACGAAACAGCUCGCGAUAUAUCCUGAAGAUCUCUUCAGCAGCAAGCUACACAAAAUAUCAUCACGUUCGAUUCAACAAUCGAGAAUGAGAAAGAGAUCGAAGUGACGUGCUAAAGGAUUGUUAUAGUUCAAGGCACUUCACGAGGUGACAACUUUGUAAUUCGAUUCUCGGUCGAGCGUGAGCGUGAGGGGUUUUCCACUAGUGCUUUCAGCACUGCCUCUGGCGGUCUGGAGCGAAAGGACAUAGAACCAAUCCACUAUAACGGUGUUUACAGCUGUCACGUUUUCUGCUUUUAUCAUACUUAGAAAGCACAAACUCCCACAUAGCAUGUCAAUCAUACUCCGUUUCUCACCUUCCUCUCAGUUAUGGCUCUGUGAUGUGUUGUGAGGGAUGUAAUGUUAAACUGACCUCAAGAUAUGUAAAUUUCAUCCCAAGUGUGAGUGUGAAUCAUAGUUCCACAACAUAAUCCUUUAGAUUCCCUCUUUUGUGUGCCAUUAACAACUUUUUAAGACUGUCUUUACUUGCAUAGGGGAAAAAUUAAGAUGAAAGCAUAUGUGUUCAGAGUUUCAAUUAGAUUGUCUUGCCUUCAAUUAACUAUAGUGAAAGACUCAUCCCACAUUCAUCCUUGAAUUUUGAGAGGGAGAAGACCAAGUGUCCAAGUCAGUGUGUUUGACUUUGCUUUUUUAAUGGUUCAGUGCUUUAAAACAUAGUAGAGAGUUUAAAAACAUAUUCUUAAAGUGUAUUUGACAAAUCUGCCACUUUGCUGACAUGGUUUUAGCUUUUCAACUACUGUAGCUAGACAAUCUGCCCAGACAUGCAUUUCCUGACUAAUACCCACAAAAUCAUGAAAGAAACAGACUCUGCGCUCAUGGCACUUAUUUGGGUUUCUGUUAUUUAAUUCUAAACACACAAUGUUGGUUUCCUGUUUCUGCUCACUUUAUAUCCCCAUUGAAAAUUAAUGAGAGAUGGAAAACGGGACGAGUGGUCCACUUCACCAGGGAGGAAUUGAGAGAGGUCAAUUUUGUUUUGCAAAUCCAGUCAUUUUCUUGGCAUCCCAAGAGUCCUCUUCUGCCAAAAUCUGUUUUAGCCAUAUGGACUGUGUGCAUGUGCUGUAUACAAAUGUAUGUCCUCUGUCUGUACUUGAAUGGUUUCGGAAAGCAGCAGAAUUGAAGCUACUUUCGGCUUUACUGGCUUUACAAAUAGCCAUUUAGCUGAUUGAAUCAGGACAAUGUGGUCAUCUGAAAUACUGCUACAGGUUUUUUUUUUAGUUUUUUUUAGUUUUUUUUUUCUGAAUGUUUAGAGUGUGUUCAAGGCUCUGUGGUUGAAUCAAUCAGAUUUAAAGAAUAGAUUUCCUGAGGGAAGGUUAUGUAUGCUGCUGUGGCCAAGGCUGUUGCGUUGCCUGCUACACACACUCACACAGACACACACACAGACACACACACACACACACACACACACACACAGACACACACACACACACACACACACACACACACACACACACACACACACACACACACACACACACACACACACACACACACACACACACACACACAUACAUGCACAUACACACACACACACACACACACACACACACACACACACACACACACACACACAAUCAGAUUGUUCCAUUAGAGUGACAAUAGAAACUAUUGACCAGAACUAUUGAAUGGGAAAAGUGCAACUACAGUAGCUUGUUGAAUAAAAUCAGUUAUAGCAUUCAGGUUAAUAUUUUGAUUCUUUACAAUAUGCAUGUAAUGGCUGAACAAAAUAAAACAACAUGUCCUAUAACCUAACAAUAAAAAUUGUUUUGUCUAAAUAAAAGCUUGUUUCUGCCAUGUGAUUAAAAAAAUAAUAAUUUCAACUUUUCAUAGAGAUAUAAGCCCGCAAUUCUGACUGUUUUCACCAUUAACUAACUAUUAACUAUGAUUUGUGCCCCAAUUACAGUUUUUUCAACUGCUUACACUCAAAAUCUUUACUUGUCACACAAUUUCUGAAACCUGACACUCAAACAGCAGAAGCACACACCAAAUUUGCAAAACCUUACACUAAUUCUCGGCAUUUGACUCAGUUUUCAAUUUCAGAAAACACUUUUUGCAAAACACAACACACAAUUCUCUAUGUAACACACACACAAAUCUAACAGGAAGUAUCUUGAUUUCCUUUUUGAAACACCAUUUAAAAUGCCACACUAAUUCAUCAGUGCUUCACACUAACUCCUCGCAUGCACAAACACUCAUUGCUUUAUUUAACACCAACCAAUCAUGGCUUUAGAAUAGGCCUGUAAAUAGGCCACAGGUCAAGUUAUACAGUUUUUCUUGCUUCGUCGCUUUGAUGCAUUUCUCAGAUCAAAAAUGAAAUUCUCAAAACUACUUUGUUCAACCUCCACAUCAUCUAGUCACAUGUGCACAUCAUAAAAGCAGUUUCUCAUUCUUUUGAACAAGUUGUGAUUGCUUUGGUACAUUCAUGCAACUGAUUAUGUACAUUUGUCUGAGGUUUCCUACAUUAUCAGUUACUAAUGUCAUGUUGUUCAAAAUGUAUUAUAUAGUUCUCUGUGCAAGUCAGACCACUAGUAAAAGUGUAACUGUGAAUUCGAUCCAGUCUCUUUCAAUCAAUAUCACACAUACAGUAGUGUACUUUUAUACUUUUGAAAUGGAUAUAUGGCAUACAUAAGAAGUGCAGCCUUCUGCAUUUCAGUACAGUAACUGUCAUCCAAACUGUUGCCAUAGUUUACAUCAGGUAACACUAACAGAGUGCAGUGUCAUAUUGACAACAUGACUAAGCAUUUUGACUAUCUUGUUUGUGAGCAAUGAAACAAGGACAUUUUGUUCUGAUGGCACUAAUAUGUUCAUUGACAUAAAUACUUUUGAGAGAUGAACUAAAGAUUUUGAGUAAGUUACAGGCUUUUGCAGGUAAUCCAUUGUGUGGUGCUGUUUGCACAAAUUGUUUUGAGAAAUGCACAUACUUCUUUGCCAGUAUUACAGUAAGGAUAAUUCGAGACAUGCACCAAAGUGACAAAGAAAAACUGUAGUUUUUGAACAAUGGAUGCAAACAAUGUAUUUCCUUUCUUUCUUACCGUGUAAUACUGUAUUCAGAACCACGAAUGCUUACAGUUAAAAAAAAAUAAAAAUAAAAAUAAAAGUUUGUUUUCAGUCUUGUGUUCAUGUUUACUAUGAAUUUUUCAUGGAAUUUUUGAUCUCUCUGCCAAUUACUUUCAAUCUUGUACAGAAAUGUACAUAGGAGCUCAUGAAAGAAGAGCUUUAUGUUUUGAAUAACUGUGUGUAUAUGAUAUAUCCAAAAAUAUAAUAUUUUGGCGAAAGUGUUUGAAACGUGUUUGAUUUUGAGAUGUGUUUGUGAUAUUUUGAAUGCAGUGCUUCAUUUUGCAAGAGAUGUGAGGCAUUUUGCAUUUUGUGUGUGCAAUUCUUGGAUUUGUGUGUAAAGUUUUGAAAAAGAGAGGCAAAGUUUUGAAAAUGUGUGUAAGCAGCUGAAAAAAACUGUAACACCUAGUUUGCUGCUUUUGAAUUGUUAGUAAGGUUGUUGUUAAGUUUAGGUAUGGAGUAGGAUUAAGGGAUCUAAAAUAUAGUUAUGCAGAAUAAGGUGUUAAUUGCAGAAUAAUAAAGUAUUUAUUUAUAUACAGCAUAUAUAUUUAUAUUAAAUUGUUUGUAUUAAUGUAGUAUAACAGUGGUUCUCAAACUUUUUAUACCAAGUACCACCUCAGAAAAUAUUUGGCUCUCCAAGUACCACCAUAAUGACCAACAUUAAAAUACAGUAGCGUAGUAGGCCUAAUUAUUCAGCUAGAGCUAUGCACAGUUCAAAAAUGAGGCAGUUUUAUUCCUAAUAAGAAUAUUUAUUAUUGUCGGCCAAUUUAAACAUUGUAAAUACAGUUUGAACAUUAACACUGCACUGUGCUUACAUACAGGUAAAUAAAAAAACUAAAAUGAUUAAAUUAAAAUGUACUGUACCUAAAACUUAAAUAAAAACUGUACUGUACUUAAAAGGUUAAAUAAAACUGUACUGUACUUAAAUGUACAGUACUUGAUCAAAAAAUUAACACAGGCAUCAUUUAGCCACCUUGCAAACUUUUUAAAAGCGUUUUAACAUUAAUUUAUAUUUAAUUCAGUGAUUCCUCUGCAUACCACUAGAGGGAGCGCAUACAACACUUUGAGAAUCAGUGUAGUAUAAUGAUCAUUUAUUAGUGUCAGAAAGCAAAAAAAAAAAGUUUAAUUUUAAUUUGCCCAAAAGUUAAUAGACACUAACAUAAUUAAUAAUAUUUUAUUUAAAAAAGCAACAUCUCUACUUACUUAAUCCAGAGUCUCUAAAAUAAGAGAUUCAGCAGGUCAUUGUGUUUGUGUUCAGGGGGUGCCUCAUGUCUGAUCUUGUCUUGGGUGCUGUCAUGUGAGUCACGACUUCAUAUAUCACACUGAUUCAGAUUGAGGUACUUUUAUUGGCUGCUUAAGAAUGUGAGAUCCUAAGGUGUGAUACGCAGGUAAUAAUGCAUGUCAGUGCAGAGAAAGAGAGAGAGACGGGAAAAAGAACAGAAAGUGUGACAUCCUUCACAAACUAAAUCUCUACGAUUUAAAAAAAAAAGAAAAAAGAAGAGUAAAUUAAUCCCAAGAUGCAAUGAUCUGCUGAAUUAUUAAACACUGAGGUCAGCCAUUAUGGAAUAACCCAGUUCAGCUUUCCUAUAAUUAGAUAGAGGCCAAGUGGUUGCCUUGGAAACGGCAGAUUUAUUGACCUUGCACGGUGACGCCAUAUCGGCUUCAGAGCAAGAAUGGAAAAAUAACGCACAGGCGUGAGGGAUGUGCAUUUAUCAGCUGGCCUUUCCCUCUAAUGAGAGCAGCUUGGCCUGAGCUCCGGGGGCAAGAGUUCAGACAGGAUGAUCUGGUGCGCAUGUGCACCACCGUGUGUUCGAACUGAGUCACAGCUGCUUUACAAAUGGAGUGUGGUGCAGCCUCUAGACUCUAGAGGACAGGAGCAGGGAGGAGGUGUAAAGGCGUUUAAUCCAGAGGCAGAAUACACGCGGGGGUCUGUCACCAUGAGCCGUCCUAUAGCAGCUGACUGAUACUCACCCUGCGUAUGCUGAGCAGAGCGGCGAGGGUCGGGUCCGCCUCAGUCUCCUGUGAUUGGACGCUGGAUGGAAUCAAGGUGAAUGGAACACAAAGAGCAGGAGCUUAACCUGCCAGAGGGAGAUGAGACACGGUGGCCGAAUGGAUUGAAGAGAAAAAGAAAGAAUAGUCAAUGCUCUAUGAAGAGCGCGUCUGUGAAGAUCAUCUCUGUUCCAGGGUAUGUUCCCAGCUACCUGGAGAAAGAUGAGCCAUGUGUGGUAUGCGGGGACAAGGCCACCGGCUACCAUUACCGCUGCAUCACAUGUGAGGGCUGCAAGGGUUUCUUUAGGAGGACAAUACAGAAGAAUCUUCACCCUUCCUAUUCCUGUAAAUAUGACAGCUGUUGCAUCAUUGAUAAAAUCACCCGCAACCAGUGCCAGCUGUGCCGCUUCAAGAAGUGCAUCUCGGUGGGCAUGGCCAUGGACUUGGUGCUGGAUGAUUCAAAGCGUGUGGCCAAGAGGCGUCUGAUCGAGGAAAACCGGGAACGGAAGAAGAAAGAGGAGAUGGUGAAAACACUGCACAAUCGGCCUGAGCCCACCGUCUCGGAGUGGGAGCUGAUUCGUAUGGUGACGGAGGCUCAUCGUCACACCAAUGCCCAGGGCCCUCACUGGAAACAGAAACGCAAGUUCCUACCAGAAGACAUCGGGCAGUCUCCAGCCCCCACAUCAGACAACGACAAAGUCGACCUGGAGGCCUUCAGUGAGUUCACCAAGAUCAUCACCCCUGCCAUCACACGAGUUGUGGACUUUGCCAAAAAACUGCCCAUGUUCUCUGAGCUGCCCUGUGAAGACCAGAUCAUCCUGCUGAAAGGCUGCUGUAUGGAGAUCAUGUCCUUGCGCGCAGCAGUGCGGUAUGACCCGGAGAGCGAGACGCUGACCCUGAGCGGGGAGAUGGCUGUCAGUCGAGAGCAGCUGAAGAACGGAGGGUUAGGAGUGGUGUCUGAUGCCAUCUUUGAUUUGGGCAAGAGCCUGUCACAGUUCAACCUGGAUGACUCAGAGGUGGCGCUGCUGCAGGCUGUGCUGCUCAUGAGCUCAGAUCGUUCCGGUCUCACGUGUAUGGAAAAGAUCGAGAAGUGUCAGGAAAUGUACUUGUUAGCAUUCGAGCACUACAUCAACCAUCGCAAGCACAACAUCUCGCACUUCUGGCCCAAGCUGCUGAUGAAGGUGACGAACCUGCGCAUGAUCGGCGCCUGUCAUGCCAGCCGCUUCAUGCACAUGAAAGUGGAGUGUCCCACAGAACUCUUCCCCCCACUCUUCCUUGAGGUCUUCGAGGAUCAGGAGGUGUGAUCGAGAGCCACAGGGGAACUCGGGGAGGGAAAACUGAUCAUGAAUUUGUUUUCGCAAAGCAUUUGUCUUUUGCAUCCUCAUGCAAUGCCGAGCCAGGACAUGUACUUUAUUUUGCAUCGUCAGCUUUGUCUAGGAUAUGUUUUGGGUUGUCGGCCUCCACAUCUUUCGACCCUACAGUCACUUGCCAUUCAGAUUCCUCCCACAGACAGACAAAAAGCUAGCAUGCAUCAACCUACCUCUCGUACCGACAUACCUCCCAACCUCAGAAGGAGCUUAUUUUAAAAGCGUGACAAAGAAACCCACACAUUCAAAAGCUAUUUCAUAAUAACCUGUUUCGGAAACGCUAGCUGUUGUUGUAAGUACAGAGGAAACGUCUAUGAGCAACAUCGAACACCUACAUUUGGGCUCUACACGAUUAACCUAAUCUCCUCUGAUUACAGUAGUAUUUCAGAAUUCAUCUUCCUCUUUGCACGCAUAGAAAAUCUCCUCUGUGAACAUAACUACCUGUGUGCACUCGUACACUCUGUACAUACAUUAAUAUGUUGUGUGAACUUCUCAUACCUCAUAUACACCAGCAUACAGGCAUACAUGUAGCAACACGUCCAAACAUGUAUGUAUGCGUACUAUUCUACCUGUAUUAACCCAUUUAUCUUCUUACGAUGCAGCGUACAAUUCUCACAUACCUUCCUGUCUACCAUAUCCACUUGUAUGUUACUUAAGCUGAACAUUUUGUGACCUCAUUUUCUGAAUAGCCUCUUGUCGCUUUCUGGCGUGUGACCCAUGUAGCUGUCGUGAGGUAUUUCCUCCUGUAUUCAUCUGUCCUAGUGUUGUCCGUUUGGGCAGACAGAUUGAUGUACAUAUGUAUCAAGCCAUAUGCUGUGGUUUAAGACACAUCCAUCUCCAUAUUAUGGCCUUCAAAUCGCUCAUUGCGCUCCAAUUGACUUGGCUCUUCAGAUGGUACUACCAUAUGGUAUUACAUAGAACUUCAGAGAAUACUAUGGUAUUAUCAAAAAAAACAUGGUAGUGCCAUGAUACUUAUUUUAGGGGAAUAUUACCCCUGAAAUCCUUCCAUCAUACCAUUUAUGUGUACAGUGUGGUAAAUGAUUCCUGAAAAUCAGAAUUUGACAGAUGAUAACAAAAACAGAAACUAAGGAUUAGAUCAUAAGAGUAAUAGGGUACAUUGGGGCUAAACAUUAAAAUAUCCACUUCAGCAAAAGUGGAUAGUUAAUUAAUUGUGUUGGAAAUUUGAUUAAAUGCUAAAUUUUUAUUUUUUUUAGUAUCGGAUUUAAAAAUGUGUUUUUGCUACAUUGUUUCGCACAUUAAUCUCAACAUUUACUCACCCUCAAAUUGUUCCAAAUCUCAAGUUGUUCCUGUUGAGCACAAAAUAAGAUUUUUUGGAGAAUGUUGGCAACCAAACAGUUGACGAUAUCCAUUGACUUCCAUAGUAUGGAAAAAAUAAAAAUACCCUGGACCAUCAACUGUUUGGAUACCAGCAUCCUCCAAAAUAUCUUCUUUUGGGUUCGACCAAAAGAAAAAAACUCAUACAGGUUUUGAACAAGUGGAAGGUGAAUAAAUGAUGACAGAAUUUUUGUGUGAACUGUCCAUUUAAAUCAAACAAAAAAGCUUCAAGAUAAAUCACAACAUUUCAAACUGCAAUUUCAUCAGUUAAUAACAUCAUUGUGGGUUUGUUGUGAAAUGUUUAGACAGAAUUACAGUUGGCAUGAAAUGAAAAUUCACUACAUCUGUUUUCUAAACGCAUGUUAUUGAUAAUUUUGUGAACUAUUCAUUUGUGCAUAUAUGCAUUUUUGGCACUGUUAUGUUUAAUCAAAAUCAUAUACACUCAGAUUUAUGUCACAAUACAGAAGAAAAGAUUGCUACUAUCACAAGUAUUUACCUAAUACAAUUUUUUCCCAAUUACAAAAUCAUUCAUUUAUUAAUUGCUAGUUUGCUAAAAAAAAAAAAAAAACUGUUCACUUAAUCGCCUUCAACAAAACUGAAAAUCAAGUUUUUGUUGCAAAAAAUAUUAUAUAAUUUCAAGGAUUCUCAUUAGUUACAUCUGCAACAUAAAUGACUUCAAAUAAACCUUAAUUAUUUCGCAGUGAAUAGCAACAAACAGGUCCUUAGGGAAGUUCUGCAGUUGUGUUUGUGGCUAUUCAUUGUCUGGAGAGGGAAAUGAAAAAUUGAAAGGACUUUUAGCCCCAUUGUACCCUACAUCUUUGCUGAUUUUGAAAGUAGAGAACUUACAAUCUCCACAACCUUCUCGCAAGAGGAAAUGAAAUGAGUGUCACUUACCUCUCCAUGUCUUCAAACAGACUCUACCUCACCCCUCAUCUGUGCAUCACCGUCUACAAAGCACUUUCUUCCACUCACCUGCUCAUGCAUAUAUAUUCCUGCUUAAACCUGUACAUAAACAUUCACACAUUUACACUAAAAAGUCACAUACAUGUGAUAGCAACCUCACUCGUGUGUAUACUGCUUUCCCUUUCACUUGUGAUGUGGGACCAAGUGUCAGUCUUGUUCCCUGUUUCUGAGGACAGUAAUAAUGUGCCGGACUGAAUGAAUUUCACUGUGCUCUGACAGAGCUAACCGACUGCUUAGCAGAUUAUUUUGCUUUAAGCAAGCGCUGGAGAAGCAGCACAGGAAGAAGGCUCCUGAGUAGCACAAACCUAAUUUUUUGUCAGCUCAGUUCUGUGGUCCCUACGCCUCCAAACCUGACCUGUUCGUGUGCACCCGUACAUCUCACACAAGAACUUUACAUGAACUCUUCCCUAGCAAAGGACACAGCCAGAGUACCCCCAAAGUAGUUUAACCAGCUUAAUUUGUCUGGUUCAGCAGGGUUUCAAUGUCCUUUUUGACUGAUACUGUGUCAGUAUGGCUCCAGGAAGUGAGACGCAGCCUCCAUUUAAAGUGACACAGAGGAACAAAAGGGCAGAAAGGACAAACUCACUGUGACUAGCUAAACUCAGGCACGGAGCUCCCAUGAGGCCAUGCACCUGACUCAGGCUCAAUCUAACCCACCAGCACUGCAGACAUGCACUGCCCACAGUCACAAUCUACUGCACCAGCAAGGGUCAGCUCCCACAGACCCUGUUCUUGAUAACGGGGAAUCAGGAAGCCAUUUGUUUUGCUGGACGUCCAAACCUGGUUUACAGCACUUUUAUUAGAACAGAAUUCAGUCCUUUACGCCUAGCCAGAUCAUCAAUAUGUUGAUUGAGACUUUGGCUCUUAAAGGGGUCAUAUCAUGAUAUUUUGAAAUAAACGUUCAUUGUACUAUGAAA